AUGUUAAAUUUUAAAAUUGGAUUUCCAUCCAAUUAUGGUGAAGCAAGUUAUUGGCAUUAUCCGAAAUCAUCACCGCAUAUUCCAACUUCAGACUUACCAAUGAAAAAUAUUCGUCCUACUUGUCACGAAAAUUUAACGCAAUUCUUACUGAACACAACAUUUCAUGGCCUUAAAUUCGUUGGAACCGAAUUUCUAUUUUUAUCUGCAUUUAUUACUGCAUUUGUCAUUGCCUUGUAUUUUAUAUUCGAUGUUUAUAAUAAAUGGGAUAAUUCACCUGUAAUUGUCGGCAUAAGCCCAUUUGCAAUUCCAAUUGGAAAAAUGCCUUUUCCAGCUAUAACAAUUUGUAAUGUUAAUCAAGUUUUAAAAAGUAAAGUUGAAAGUCUUCUUAAUAACUCAUUUAAAGGCUCUUUAGUUUUGGAGUUAUGUAAUCAAGAGAAUGACAUUGAUGCAGAAAAAUUGGGAAAUUUGAAUUUUACAACUAGUGUCAAAGAUUUCGAAGAUUUUUUUGUUCAAGUUUCUCAACCAUGUCAUAAACUAGUUACACAUUGUGUAUUUGGUGGUGUAAAACAAAAUUGUACAGAAAUUUUCCAACCCUUAAUAACUGAUGAAGGACUAUGUUGCACAUUUAAUAAAUUACAUACAGGUUUCUUUUUCAAAAAAAAAAAUUUUUUUUUUUUUAGUUAUAGAUUAGAUAACGUAUUCGCUCAAGAUGGUGCUUUUCCUGUAAAUUGGACAUCUUCGUCAGGAUAUGUUGGAAAAUUACCAAAAAAAUAUUAUCCUAGGCCAGGUGUAGGUAUUGGUGUAUCAAACGGACUAUCAAUUGUAUUAGAUGCAGAAGUUCAUGAAUAUUUUUGCUCUUUUACGCAUGGUGCUGGUUUUAAAAUUUCUAUACAUAGUCCCAAUGAAAUACCGAAUGCUAAGGAAACGGGGCUAUUAAUUGGUGUAGGCAUGGAAGCAAGAAUUCGUGUUAAUGUUAAAAUUACUGAAGCAACAAACGCGGUUCGAUCUAUUCAACGAAAAUAUCGUCAGUGUAUUUUUGAAGAAGAAAGUGAAUUAUUAUCAUACGCUGUUUAUAGUAAAAGAAAUUGCAAUAUGGAAUGUGAUGCAAAACGCUUGUAUAAAAAAUGUAAAUGCAUUGAUUAUUAUAUGCCUCAUAUAUAUUCAAAUAUCACAACUUGCGGUUUAAAAGAUAUUUUGUGUAUAAAAAAUGGUACAAAUGUUUAUCUUGAUCCAAAUGAUCCAGUUGAUAAUGAGUAUAUUAAAUGUAAUGCAAAAUGUUUACCAGGAUGUUUUGAUUAUGUUUAUAAGGGUGAUAUGUUUGUGUCACCAAUAAUUAGCGGAAAAUUUAAAUUAAAAAAUAAAUUUAUUGAAGAAAUGGAUCCAGAAUUAGUACGAAGUAGCAUUACGAUAUUGAAUUUUUUUUACACAGAAAAUUCAUUUCAUCCAGAUAGUAAAGAUCAGUUUAUUGGAAUGACUGAAUUUUUAUCUUAUACUGGUGGAUUAAUGGGUUUAUUUCUUGGUUUCAGUACAAUUUCAAUCAUUGAAAUUAUUUAUUUUUGUACAUUUCGUCCAUAUUGUGCUCGUUACCGUUAUAACAAAGAAUUAAAAUCGAUGACACGUCAGGAAACUGAAAAGGGAAUGAUCGUUAAUUUUAAUCAGGAAAAUGUACUAAAAUUUCACGAACAAUUUAAUGCAAUUAAGCCGCCCAAUAAAAUUGACUACAGAAUGUAG